AUGUGCAUGUCUCAAGCCACCCUUCCCAAGUUUAAAGGACAAGGGCGGGCGGAGUUUUGGACCCUUAUGCAUGCAUUCCGUCGAUACAUGACAAAUGUAGCCGUGCCAGAGAAGUACAAGUACCAACUGCUCAUGGAUGCUUGUGAAGGAGAAGAGUUACAUCAAGCAAUCAUGGGAUGCGACUAUCUAGAGCCAGACAGAGCCUACAACAAGGCAAUCAAGAUCCUGGAGGCAAGGUUUGGAGACAAGUAUGCAUAUGCGGACCAGCUGGUAAAAAGGCUCAUAGACGCUCGCUCAGUGGGGGCGUUCGACGACGAAGGGCUGCGAAAACUGGCAUCUCAGCUAUGGGGUGCAGUAAGCCAUCUGGAGAAUCUGAACUUGAUGUCUGAACUUGAAACAAGGCAGACCUUCAAAACGCUGGUGAUUAAGCUUCCCCCCAAAUUGAGGGAACGCUGUGUGGAUGAUGUACGAAAUUAUCAGAAGUCGACAGGACACAGAACGGGGCUGGUGAAGUGGUUAGCGCUAUAUUUGGAGGAGAAAGCGGUGACGAUGGAUGACAUGGCUCUGCUAUCAAGCGAGGACAGUCAAGAAGGAAGUUAG